UGAACCAUGUAGUUCUUCUGCAUACCAAAAACAAGUAAACAUGUCUGCAAAACCUCACAUAUACUUAAUCCCUGUAAUGGCGCCAGGCCAUAUGAUCCCAAUGGUAGACCUUGCCAGGAAAUUAGCCAGGCUCGGUGCAAGGUCCACGAUCAUCACUACUCCCCUCAAUGCUUCCCACUUCUUCCGAACAAUCGAAAGGGACCGGAAAGAUGGAUUCGAAGUCGCCAUCUCCAUCGUCGAAUUCCCCUGUCAGGAAGCAGGCCUUCCGGCCGGCUGCGAAAACCUGUCUUCUACCACAACUUCAGAAAUGACGUUCAAAUUCAUCAAGGCCAUGGACUUGUUCCAAGAACCUGUCGAGAAACUCUUGCAAGACGGCGACCCGAACUGCAUUGUCGCCGGAGCAUUCUUCUGGUGGGCGAAUGAUGUCGCCGCCAGGCUUAACAUCCCGAGGCUGGUGUUCUACGGGACCGGUUGCUUCCCAAUGUGCGUCUCCAAAUGCUUGAAGAUGCACAAAGAAAAUGGACUAUUGGAUUCGGAAGAAUUCGUCGUCCCCGGCCUUCCGGAUGAAGUAAAAAUGUCCCGGCGACAGCUCCCAGAGGAGUUCAAAGAAGAGGAUAAGAGCCCUUUUGCAGAGACUUAUAAAAAGAUCGUAGCAGCCGAAUCAAGAAGCUUUGGAAUGGUCGUGAACACGUUCCAAGAGCUCGAACCUGCAUAUGUCCGACUUAUGCAGGAGCUCAUGGGGAUAAAGAUAUGGAACGUUGGCCCCAUUUCUCUUUUCUAUGGGAGCAUUGAGGAUAAAGCUCACAGAGGCAGAGAAGCUUCUGUAAAUGAUGAUCAUCAAGAUUGCCUGAAUUGGCUUAAUUCAAAGAAACCCGACUCUGUGGUUUACAUCUGUUUCGGCAGUAUGGCAAGGUUCUCGUCAUCGCAGCUGGUCGAGAUAGCUGAGGGACUUCGAGCUUCGGGGCGAGAAUUCAUAUGGGUCGUCGGAGAACUGGCCGGAGACGAUGAAUGGUCACCGGAAGGAUUUGAAAGGAGAUUAGAAGGGAAGGGAUUGAUCAUCACGGGGUGGGCACCACAAGUUCUGAUCCUUGAACACGAAGCAGUGGGAGGAUUUAUUACUCACUGCGGAUGGAAUUCCCUGCUCGAAGGCGUCGCCGGAGGCGUGCCGAUGGUAACGUGGCCGCUGUCGGCGGAGCAGUUCUUCAAUGAAAAAUUUGUAGUGGAGAUUCUGAAAAUAGGGAUUCCGGUGGGGGUUCGGGAGUGGACGAGGAGAACGCAGGAGAGGGAGGCGGUGAAGCGUGAAGACGUGGAGAAAGCUAUGAGGAGAUUGAUGGGUGAGGAAGAAGGAGACGAGCUGAGAAUUAGGGCAAAGAAUUUGAGGGAUUCGGCAAUAACGGCUGUCCAAAAGGAUGGAUCUUCGGAUAUGGAUUUGAAGUGUUUGAUUCAAGAAAUUAGGGUUUAUCCAGAAUCCAGCCAUUUUAGCGAAGUUUGAAUAAAUUCCGUGUUUCUUGUCCAGAUGAAAUUGCUCUUCUUGUACUUUGCAUCUGAUAAUGAAUUUCCAUCGAUUAA